AACUUCGAUUGCAGUGCGCCAUUUGCACCGUCCAGCGUCGCGGCCAUGCGUCGUACUGUAUCAUCUCCUGUCCUAUUUUUACCGCUCCUUGCAGUAUGGAACCAAAUAGCCCUAGCAGCGGGCGAUCCGGCCCGCGAGCUGUGCUUCAGCGGCUGUCAGAUGUCCCUCCGGCCCCCUCACUUCAAUGACACGGGGUCGGAUAACUCCAAACUGGGCCAGGCGUGCCUCAGUCGCUUUGGAAUCUUAUCUCUGUACUUGUGCCUCGAGGUGCAUUGUGAGGGAGACCACCAGACAGGGGGUCUGGCUCAUCUUAAUCGCUCAUGCACCCAAUACCUCCAGUCCCCCCUUCCACCCUUCGAUGUCAUCGCCAACUACACUGACGAUGUCAUCUCCGAACUGCGGCACCUUCGGCGGGAGGAAGCUGUCUACGAGACAGUACUGGGGGAAGUGGUCGUUCCCACCAAGAAGCUGUUUAAACUGUCCUACGACACUCUUGACACCAUUAUAUACGUUGAGAAAUAUCACUUUCUCUAUGGAGCGGCGAUGUUUGUCUUCUGGACCCUUGUUGUCGUCAUAGGCAUGUGCAGCCGUAUCAUGUCAGCUAUUCGCGAUAUUCCGCGAGGCGAAUAUCGACCGCUCUUGGGCGGAGACCAGCUUGAAAGCGACGAGAUCUCCGCCUACAAGGGCGUCUCUGAUGCCGGUCGUCGCUGGCUGUGGCUGAAGCGACACUUGACCGUCCCAGCAGCCUUCGGAUAUAGAUGCGCGCAAAAUGUCGGAUGGUGCACCAUCCCACCAAGGAUCCAAAGCCUGACAAUCCUCGUCUUCGUCAUCAUCAAUAUCUUCUUCUGCGUUCAUGGCUAUCGAGUGUUCCCCGGAAACAUGUAUUGGCCAGAGGUUUCGCCCCAAGUAUGGCGCUACUUGUCAGAUCGCACGGGAAUUAUCUCCUUUGCCAACUUUCCCAUCAUCUGGCUGUUUGGCAUGCGGAACAACUUGCUGAUGUGGCUUACGGGUUGGGAUUUCGGAACCUUUAACAACUUCCACCGCUGGAUCGCUCGCGUCGCCACCGUACAAGCCGUCGUCCACUCGGUUGGCUAUACUGUUCUCGUUUUCAAUGACGGUGGCUGGCCUUACUUUGUCGGGUAUUGGAGCCAGUUGUUUUGGUGGACAGGAGAAUUGGCGACCAUAUUUAUGUGCCUGCUGUUGGGGCUGUCUGUUUUCUGGAUGCGCCGAAACUCGUACGAAACCUUUUUGAUCUUACACAUCGUUCUCUCGAUUCUCAUCUUGGUGAUGAUGUUGGGUCAUGUGUCCAUAUUUAAAGGACGCUUUGAUGGCUUCAUUUGGUCCUCCGCGCUAGUCUGGGGAUUCGACCGCCUCCUUCGGCUUUCUCGCGUCCUUUCGUUUAACCCCAGGUUCUGGAGCACGCGCGCUAAAGCGACAUACGAUCCAAAUUCCAACAUCAUCCGGCUGACAGUCCCCUAUUCGACAAGCGCAUACCAGCCAAAACCAGGCACUUACUACUAUAUCCACGUGUUGAACGAUGCCCGUUUCUGGGAGAGCCAUCCCUUCACGGUGGCCUCAACGACGGCCCGGCAUUCCCCCAAUGCCGACCAGACUAGCCGCCGCGACUCCAUCCCCGCAGACGAGGUCUCGCUGCUCCUCCAAGGCGAACCCGGCCCCGCAUCAUCCACCGCGGCACUCGGACCACACCGUCCGCAGAACCCGCCCCCGCCCGCCACCAUGACCUUCCUCCUGCGGCCCUACGACGGCUUCACCCGGCGCCUGCGCGACACCGCCGCCGCCGCCGCGGGGCAUCACUCCUCCUCCCCGUCCCGACCACCCCCCGCGGCGUCGCUGCGCGUCCUCGUCGACGGGCCCUACGGCCACACGCAGCGCUUCGACCGCUUCGACGUCAUCCUGUUUGUCGUCGGCGGCAGCGGCAUCGUCGUGCCGCUGUCGCACCUCGCGAGCCUGUCGUCGUCGUCGCGGUCCGUGCGCGUCGUCUGGGCGGCGCGGGAGGAGCAGUUCGCCGCCGAGGUCCUGCGCGAGGACUUUGGCGGCGCCGGCGUGCUGGAUGGCGGGUGGUUGGCCCUCGAUGUGUAUAUCACGGGGGGGUCCGGAUACGGGCACGGACAUGGUAGGCCGCCCGCCUGGCCGGAGGCGGUGACGGUGUUGCAUGGUAGGCCUGACGUUUGCGCCGAGGUGGAGUGUGCGGCUAGGACUGUCGGGGCUGGAAGCCUCGCGGUGGUGGCGUGUGGGCCGGCGAGGAUGGCAGAUGAUGCGCGGCGAGCUGUCGUGGAUAUGUUGGGGAGGGGGUCGAAUAUAGAGUAUUUCGAGGAGAGUUUUAGAUGGUAGAAUGUAGAGGCUGGUGGAUAGACCAAGGCUGGGAGGUGGGACUGUGAGCAUCUUAUCUUGUUUAGAUUCCUAUAGAAAAUAUAUAGCGUAUGUGCAUUGAUUCUAACAGUUUUUGGCCCAUGA